AUGAGCAUUAAGAAAAAUGACUAUACGGCCAAUUCUUCAUUUUUUCCAAAUCAUACAGCUUUGAUCAAAGAAAAAUACGAAGACCUUAUAAAUCAUAUAAAUUCAAUCGAUUUUUCAAUCCAAAUCCUUGUUAAACUAAAUAGCACAAUAGAAUUUGCAAACCAACUCAUCGAACGCAAUCAAAAUGGCAUAUGCUUAUUUAGCCAAAAUCAAUCAUGCGCAAGCAAAAAAUUAAUCUUAAACUUUUACAAGAAUAAAAACUCGUCAAUUGUAAGUCAAGCUAAGCUAGACCUAGAUGUAGCUAAUUUUUUCAGGACAAAACUCUCUCUAUGGAUUCAAGAUUAUGACUUGCUAAAAAUGAGCUUUCUAAACAAAGUGAAACUUUUACAAAAUGAUACUUUUUGUUCAAAUUUAAAGCAAAUAUUAACAAAUGAAGACAAGGAAAUGCUAUAUCAAAUUGCCCUUCUAUCUCGAAAAUUAGACGACAUUGAAAUAGCUGCUUCAAAUGCCAUAUCUAUUCUAAAUCUAUCAGGCCAUAACUUUCAUAAUAAAGACCUUCAUGGGAUAAAAAUUCCAGGAGCAAAUUUAUCAAGAUCUUAUUUAUACAAUACAAACUUUGAGGGAAGCAAUUUAACUGGAGUGGAUUUUGAUUUUUCAGUUAUAGAGCACAGUAACUUUAAAAACUGCAAUUUAAAAAAUUGUGAGUUUGGCUUAAAAUUCAUGGUUAAGACUCUUCUUGAACCUUGGAUGUUUUCCCCCAGCAAAAAUUUCUUAAUGUGCAGAUCUAGAUAUUGUGACCAGAGGCGUUUAGAAAUUUGGCAUGUAGAAAAGCAGCAAAGAAUUAUUAAUUUAUCUUUUGGUGGCUGAGCUAUAUUUUCACCUUUUGAUAUAGAGGUUUCCUCUAUAUAGCGCUAAAAGCGCAGACAUUUUCCCAGGAGCUUUCCAAGUUCGUCGGACCAAAUCGCUUUUUUGGUCCGACCAAGGCAUUGAUUUGGUGCAACCUACCGAUAAAUUCCGAUCAGAAUUUAUCGGCCUUACAGCGCCAAACAUAGGAAACUUCUAUAAUUAUUUUGGUUAUACUACCUCAAAAGAUGGGCUAAUAAUACAAAAUCUAAAUACAAGCGAAAUAAUAGAAAUUUUAGAUUCAAAUGAAUUCACAUUUUCAAAAGAUGAGAAAUAUAUAGCCCCUGAAAUAUUUUAGAUCAUUAUGGCAAUCCAUUUUAAUUUUCAAAUUUAAUCUGUACUUGUCAGCUUUUUUGAAAGUAAAAACGAAAUUGACAAAUCUCCGUUUAUGGUUUUAAGGUACCUAAUCAGACUUAUACUGUAUAAGGCAGGUGCCCUGUACAUAUUUUUUCUGGUCAGUAUUCUGCUGGGAUAUAGAGAUCUAUUAAGGUGCAUGAGCUAUAUAGCAUACAGCUCAGAAAAUGAUAUUUGAAUUUUUAGCCUAAAAGAAAAAACAAGGGAUCUCUUCUUAAAAUCAGCUGGAAUCGAUCAGAAAAUUAUUCUAUGAUCCCCAUGCAGCAAAUUUUCCCUAUUGCACAGAGGCGAAACUGUUGAGCUAUGAGACUUAACAUCAAAAUCAUUCAUAAAAACGAAAGAGCAUAUAGAUGGCCACGUUUUUUCAUGAAAUAGCAGAUAUUUAGUUUCUUAUAGUUGUAAUUUCUACCCAAAAAAUUCAAUUAUAUCAAUUGAUGUCCUGAGUGAUGGCCUUUCCUACGACAUAGAAAUAAAAAAUGAUCAUAUUGAAUCUCUAGAAUUUUCUAAAACUGUUGAAAAAUUAUUAUUGAUUAGCCUUUCAAACUCUUGCAUGCUAUGAAAUGCAGAAACUUUUGAAUCUAUAUAUCAAAUCCCUUCAUUUAUUUAUCUCAUGAAAUGCGAAUUUUUGAAAUCUUCAAAUCAUAUUAUUUGUCAUACACAUCGUGAAGCUAUAAUUCUAAACAUUUUGAAUCAAAAAAGCACUGGAUUUUUUGGGUUUAAAGGUCACGUAAUAUAUAAUCAAUAUUCAGUGACUCAAAAACACACCAAAUUUUUUUUCCAUGAUAUUUUAAAACACACUGAGCGGCUUGAAGACCAUAUCAAUUUAAAUGCUCUUUCAGCAUGCUACUCGACAUGUGGAAAAUAUAUUGCAAUAGUAUACGAUACAGGAAAAGUAAUGAGAUGAGAAACAGCAAGCUAUUAUGCUGUAAAAAUAUUGCCAGCUUCUUUACACGAAAUUAAGGAAAUAUUACUGUUCUCUGGUCACAUUCUUUGAGCAAAGAGUCAAAAUGGAUUCUUUUUAUGAGAUUAUGAAGAAAAUACAAAUAUAAAAUAUUGAAAUGAGAAUUUCAAGUUUUUUGCUUUCUCUUCAUGUGGAAAUUAUUUUUCAUUAGGCCAUAAUCAGGAGUUUCAAAUAAUCAAAGUAAGCAAUUUUAAAACGAAGUGCAUCAUAAAUCCAUCUUUAGACAGCAGCUGCAUCAUCAGUUCGUUUUUCAUUGAUAAAAACCGAUUCGCUUACUCAAAAGACAAUGGGCAAAUUGAUAUUAUUUCUUUAGAAACAUUGAGAAUAUUAAAAACUCUUAAUUUGGAAUGCAAUAACAUUAAAUUACUUGAAUUCUCACCGACAAAAAAUUUACUAGCAUCAUCAUUAAAAAACAAUAUAGCAGUAUGAAGUUUCAAAGAAGAAAAUGUCUUCCUAGAAAACUCUAUUUUUUUAACGAGCUCUGAAGCAUUGAUCAAGUUUUCUCCUUGCGGACUUUAUAUUUCAAUUCUUAAAAAUAAAAGCUGAUCAUUCCUUGUCUAUGAUUCAAGCUUGCAAAAAUUGAUUUUUAAAUGUCCAAGGCAGAAAGAGAAAAUAGCUUUGGCAUUAUGGCAUCCUUAUUUAAUAAAAGUUAUUUCAAUUGGAGAAUCUGGAGGUAAAGUAUGAAAUUUUCAAAAUAUUGCCUUAAAGAGUAAAAGUAGAAAAAGGAAAAAUUUAAAUUUAUGCAGGGAGUGAUGUGUAUUGAAAAAUGAACUUUUUAUAAAAGACUGCGAUUUUGAAGGAGCAGUUUUAAGUAGAGAAAAUUUAAGCACAAUAAAAAAUUUUGGAUAA